AUGGAUUUGACAUGGCCCCGUAUUUACCUCCGACUGAUCCACUGCUACUUCUCAUACCCCUUCACAACAGCACCUGUGGUGGAAUAUGAACGGUUUGCACAGGCCUUUAAUCGAUCUUUUGGUGACCCUGUGCUUAUGGCACGGUACUUGAACGGCCAGGAAGGAGAUGAAGCUACACGCUCGUACUUUACAGAGCGUCAGACGUACCUCGUACGAAAUGAUACUUCCAUCAAGGAUGAAUGGUCACCUGAGACUGUCGAGGUAUUAUUGACAACGAUCUGUGCUUGGGGUGCGCACCAUAUUUUUCUUCCUUUCGAGUCGCUGGACGUGGAGAUAUUCGCGAACAUGGGGAAUCGUUCUCUGGUAGAAGUAGCCGAUUCUGACCAUGAACUUGGUUUCCGGCGUGCUGCGCUUGUUGGCACGCCAACAAGUGUCUCCGAUCCCCCACCACCACAAAAGCGACAGAAGCGCCGGCAAGGUGUAGCAUGUGAUACAUGCCGCUUACGCCGCGUACGUUGUGAUUUGAUGGAGCAACCUCCUGGCGUCAAAGCAUGUUCACGAUGCCGUGUGAAGCGUAUUGUUUGUACAGAUCGUUAUAUCCAAUGGAAGCGUGAGCGUGAUCUUCUCAAGAAUCCACAGGCCGCUCGUGCUUUACCAGAUGUGCAGUUGCUGCCCUUACGAGAAGAAUUUCAUCUCAUGGAAGAGCUUCCGCCCUCUAUCCGUUCUCUCUCGCAACAAGAAAUUUUGGAGUUUGGAAAUACGCGAGAAGCGGCCUGCAACUAUCUUAUUAACCGCGUUCUUGCGCUGUUCCACAAGUACAAUUUGGUGAACAAGUGUACGACGCAAGGCGUUUAUGCCAUGAUUAUGCUGGCAUCUAUUCUUGACUACACGCGAGCCACGAUGGCUUCGUCGGUGCAACGUGUAGCCAUGACGCAUUUGUCUCAUUUGUACAAGCGAGGUGAAUUUGAUUUGAGUUUGUUAAUGCGUGAGUCGUCUUUGGCGGACUUGUUUGCACGCCUCUCUGCUAUGCGUGCUUUGCAAGCUGGAUGGGUGCGCGAUGCUGUGUUUAAUGUAAUGUAUCAAAAGAAACCGAUUCUCCCCUCAAGCUGGUUUAUUGUUGGUUACCGUACAGGCCCUGGUGGCGAGAUGGAACCUGCACCUGUAACGGAUCUCAUGCAGCUUACUGACACGCUGGACCCGCCGCAGUCUCUUGGUCUCAUAUUUCUUUUGACUCAGCAAGUGGGCGUUGUCGCACAUGAAGUGUACAAUAAAAUUUUGCAGCCAACGUUGGAAGAUACAAAGGUGCCAACAUUGGAGUAUGUCAGUAAGUUACGGGCUGCCUGCCAGUAUGUAUGGGACAGCUUGUACUCGAUUGAAGCGUCUCUGCAUGUAUUAGUAGCCAAAGCUCGGCCCCUUUUGAAUUCGGCCCUCCCGUUGAACCCAUUAAAGUGGACGUGGAUGGUUUUUUGUUUGUCGUUUAUGAUUUAUCGUGCAGUGUCUCGUCGGUUGAGUGAGUGGAUGGCAUCGGCGCGGAAUGCAGUGCUACAAGCCCAUAUUGUGUCGGAGGACGAAUCAAUGGAGCUGCUAGGCCAAAUUCGGAGCCUUGUGCAAGUGAGCAUGGAAAGGACGUUGUGUUUGGGGCGUGUAAUGGCUCAUUAUAGCCGCAACCUCCUUCCUACGUACACACUGCUGCGUGGCUCCAAUGUGGCUCGGCUCCUGUUCCGCGUUGCGCAGUUGCUUUCUCACUCGGAUCCACUGGUCGAUGAUGUGGGCACAAGCUUCGAGCCUGACACGCUCGCUAUGGCGAAGCCUACGUCGCUACUCACUGAGCUGCUCAACCCUGAUGCUGAAGAUUCGGAAGGGUCGCCGUCGCUGUCGCCUCAUAUACCUCCGGCGGCCUCCCCAUCAGAUGUGGACUUGCUUUUGUCUGUACCUCUGAGCACAGCGUUAGAGCCAUUUACGCGCCAAGCCAAGCAGGCGGAAGUGAGUUGGUGCAUCGAAGCGCUGGGGCAACUAGGGUUCUCGCAUGCAGGCAUGGCGCAGGAAAUUCGGCGUGUGGUGGAGAUCCUGCAAGCGAAUGAAUAA